AUGAGUUCAUCCACAAAGCUUAAUCUUGAUCCUUCUGGGGAAGAAGUAAGUCCAACUUUGUAUAGGAGCAUCAUUGGGAGUUUGCUCUAUCUUACGGCAAGUAGACCGAAUAUUGCUUUUAGCGUGGGAGUUUGUGCUCGAUAUCAAGCCGCUACAAAGGAAUCCCACUUGACUGCUAUGAAGCGAAUCAUACGAUAUGUUAAUGGCACUCCGGAUUACGACUUGUGGUACUCAAAGGAUUCCAAUGCAUGCCUUGCGGGGUAUUUAAAUGCAGAUUGGGCUGGAAGUGUGGAUGACUGGAAGAGUACCUCAGGUAGCUGUUUCUAUCUUGGCAACAACCUUGUCUCUUGGAUGAGCAAGAAACAAAAUUCAGUGUCACUCUCUACGGCAGAAACAGAGUACAUAGCUACUGGGAGCUGCUGCACACAACUUCUCUAG